GUACGCGUAGAUUUUUUAAAAAUAGCACGCGCUGUCAGUUUUUCAAGAGAACUGCUGCCGAUAAGUUGCGCUGAAUACGAAAGUUUAAAGUUUUCAUUCACAUGUUUUCGUAAUAACUGGAAAUUUUCAACGAAAAGAUGUUGUUGUUCUAAAGUGAUAAACGAAUACAAUCAGUCAGAGCAGGGAAAAUCCUGUUUUUACAAAAAAGUACAAACACAUAUACAUAUUUAAAUAUAAUAAUAAUAUAUUCAAUUGAAAACGCAGUUGAAGAUACAUGAAAGUCUAAGACGCACACGGCAAAGUUCGCAAUUACUCGAAGCAUAAAUAAUUUUGUGGUAGGUAACCCAUUACCGAGGCCAAGCACACGCGGCACACAGUCGGUCUUUUGUCUCGAAAGACGAAAAUUCUUGUCUUGGCCGUCGAGCAGGCACAACGUUAUUUUGCAGUAGGAAGUCGUCCGCACAAACAAACGGUACACAUUUUAAACGCCGGUCGCAAUCGCUAACACCGAGUAUACAAACAUACACAGAAGUACCGAAGCCUUCAACCAACAGCGAUAGAAAGCACACCAAUACGACCAAUACUUAAGAUCUCCUUCGUACGCGAUGGAUGAACAAAGCGAACAGCCCACACAACAACAACAACAACAACAUAGCGGCACUACAACAUUCGUCAAUCAAUCUUCAACAACGGCAAUACAAUCGCAGCCACACGACGACGACGCUUGGUGGUGGGAAGUGGAGAAUGGUGAUUUGAUUUUAGACCUCGUGCCAAAUAUUGAUGCGGCGUCGCAUAGUGAAAGUGAAAAUGUCAACAAUAACAACAGCAACCACACCAGUGAAUUAUCAACAGAUUUCGUCGCAUUGUUGAAGAGUGGCGAAACGGUUAAUGUGACAUUGUUGGCGAACAAUACAAAUACCAGUGAUGGCAGCGCUGAUAGUGCGAUUGUCGAAAACAUUGCUGAAGCGACUGCAAGCCUUCACAAGCAGUUGACCGAGAAAACACAGGCUGACAUUGUACUAGAGGUAGAAAAUAACGACGCCACAACAUAUAAUUCGCCCGACUACUCACAUGAUCCAACCAUCGCACCCAGCCAAGCAGCUGCACGCGAACAAACGCUCGAAGAAUUCAAAGAGGAAUUGCGCAUUAAGCGACUAACUCGUCAGACGGCUGUACAAGACUUACGUGAUGAGAUUGCCACAUUGCGUCGUCAGUUGGCCGAGGAGCAGGAGCUGACGCGCCGCUUACGUCGAAACAAUGCUGUGGAGGUGUCCAGCACUGAUGUGGAGCCGUCAUCGGUGGAUGAAGAGGGCGCUAUUGGUGGCACCACCAACGCUGAACCCGAUUCCGAUGAUGAGGAUCCACAGAGUCGCGGACGUCAUGCUAAUAUUGAGUUAGCCAAUGCACAGCUGGCACUUCAGAUGGCUAAUGCGGAGAAUCUGUCGUUGCGCACCGAAAUGGGUGUGGUACAAAAACAAGUCGGUACACUGAAGGAAGUUAUCGCUUGUUGCAAGCAGAUGUUGAAUGUCAAGGAGGAGCAGUGUGUACAGCUUAAAACGAAAUUAGACGAAAUCGAAACGGCAUUCGGUGAACGUGAAUUGAAAAUCAUGUCGAGCAAUUUGAGACAAGAAUACGAACGUCAAUUGGGCAACAUACGGCAACUGCGUCAAUUGUACGAGGAGCGACAGCGCAUCGCAUUGGCUGAGCAAGAGAAUUUGCAGAGAUUAAUUUCGAUCAAAAGAGACGAAUUGGCUGCCGAACAGCAAAAAACGAAAAACUUCGAAGAGCAUAAUCAAACAUUGAUGAAGGAAAUUGAAAGCGCAAAUAUAGAAUUGGCAACAUUGCGCGAAGAAUGCAACGAACACAAAUUCGAGAAGAAAGCACUCAAAGAGGAAAUGGGCACAGUCAAUACGCUCUUUAGCCAGAUGGUGAUGGGCUUCAAUGGCGAGAAUAACUUGGAUAUUGAUCGACUGACGACGAUGUUGGAGGAGAACCGCGGCCUGCUCAACGACAUGGCAACGAAGGAAGCAAAUUGCACUGAUGGCGCAACGUUACCGAAAUUAUUAUUCGAAUUAGUCGAAGAGGCGGGUAUGGGCGGCAAGUCCACCGAGUGCAAUCGUAGUCCAACACCUACGUCAAUUGUGAACAACAGCGCUGACGAGGAAGACUACAAACUGCAUAGAGAUACACCCGAUCGUGGUGAAUGCCGCAACUUAGAAAGCGAAGAACUUGUGUCUGCUGAACCGGCCGCUGUGGCAGCCGACCACAACAAUACCAAUUGCAAGACUGAAAAUGCUGCCGUCACUUGUGCCACUGCCACAGCCAACGCCACUGCAGGCGCUUGCUGCGGUAGAAGACACCAUCGUAAAAGUGCCGGCAACCGGAUGAAAUUACCAACAGCCACUGCCGCAACAGACUGCACUGCAAUGUCAGCUACUGCAUUGAGAACCCAUGAACCAGAAGUUAUGAGUAAAGUUGCAACGACACAAGAAAUUAUUGGUAACUUGCCGAAAGUUUGGAAAGUGCUAAUGGAGCUCUUAAGUCACCACAAAAUCGAGCGGGUGCAAUUUGAGGAGCAUGGCGCCAGCGAGGAUUGCUACAAAUCCGUUGAGACGGCCAAUGGACCAAAGGCGGAACUGAGCGUCAGCAAGACAUAUAUUAAGUUAAAGGAUCUAAUAUUGGAGAAAAAGUCGUUAGUGAAAGAUACGAAUCGCCUGAAAACCUUAAACUGCCAUCUUGAAUAUCGAUUGAACGAACAGGAGAAGCGCUUAAGUGCCGUUAGUUUGGAGUUGACAAAAACUUGGCAUUUAGUUGGCAAAAUGCAGCGUCAACAUCGUCAGCUGCACACACAAGAGCAAAUAUUGCGGUAUCAAUUGCAGCAAAAGCGGCGCUUACUCACCGAACUGAAAGACGAGUUGGAGUUUUGUCGACGCAAGUGGGCGGCCGCACGUGCCAAAAACGAUGAGAGUCAAGAGCAGUGGAAUGAUUUACGACGCGAAUUUGCAUUGCGAAAACUAGAGCAUGCCAACAAUUCAGCCGAGAGCGGCUACAGUGACUCCGGUCAGGCUUCGGAUGAGGAAAUAGUCGUGGCAGCGCCUACAAAUUUAACCUCUGACAUGGAGACGACAACUUCAAAUGGUGCAGGUGGAGGCGGCGGUGUCGGUGGUUGUGCCGGUGGAGUUGGCGGUGCGGCUGCGGCAUGUAGGCGUAAACGUUUGAAGGAAAUGUUCGAACAUUCACGCAAGAUAAAGCGCAUGCAAAGCACUUCGCCCGGACGUGCCGGUGAUGGUAGCGCCGAGAUAGUGUUGCGCUGGAAUAGUGCGCCACCAACCUGUGGUUGGCGUGACAGCAGCGAGGCCAAUCAUGGCGUGGUCGACAUAUACGGCGAUGAAGAUAAUAACGCCAGCGGCGGUGAUGGUGAGUUUGCCGGUGCAGUCGAUUUGACAGGUGUAACCGCAACCAGUCGCGGCGCUAUACCAAAGAAUAUUGUUGCACGCAAUAGACAUCACAGCAGAAGGGAUGAUAUGGCAAUGGAGACAGCGACGGAUGUGGUCGACGCGGAUGAUUCGCGAGGUGAACGCGCCGAACGUAUACAAAGGCUUGAGGAACAGUGUAAAUCGUUGAUUCAGCGAGUACUCGAGACAUCGGAUAAUCGUGAGCGGUUAGAGGUGCAAUUGCGUAGUUUUCAGGAUGAGAUCGCGCCGGUGCAAUAUGCAGUGCCACUGAAUGAUUUAUUUAAAAAGAAACGUAUUGAACGCAUGACACGCGCCAGUUCUGUGCCUGUUACUGGUACACUCACGCCGAGAGAAGAGGAAUAUACGCGUAAGCGCUCCGAACGAUUGGGGCGGUUAGAAGAAGAGAGUCGCCAAUUGUUGUCGCGCAUCAAGCGCACAUCAGAUCGUGGACAUUAUCUGCGUUGCUCCUUGGACCGUUUGCGACGUGGACCAAGUCGGGAGGGUAGCUUCGAAAGUAAUACGGAAGAAGAAUCUAUCAAAACUGAGGAGAAACCAUCGUCUUCUAAGCUAAACAUGUUAAAGGAAGACAAGCAAACCGACGAUAUGAUAACUAAAGAUCAAGACACAAAUGAAGUGGCAGCGUCCGAACCACAGGUAAACUUGAACCCCUUAACAGCAAACGAAGAAGCUUACACAGCGCGACGUUCGGCGCGUCUGCAGCGUUUGGAGAAUGAGAGCAAAGAACUGUUAAAUAGACUUUCGCGCAACAAUGAACGCGGCCAACAAUUAGGUAAUAAAUUGGAUGCAUUGCAUGAGCAUCACUCAGAUGUGCUUACGAAUGGUGUGGAUGCAGCUCCAUCUAAUACGACAUUGCCACCAACCACGCCGAAAGUUAGCAUAGAGCAGCGUUUGGGAAAUAUCGAGCAAAUAUCGUCCAAUCGUAUGGAACGCUUGCGCAUACUCGAGGAAGAGGGCAAAGAGUUGCUCAAUCGAUUAGCUGGCACUUCGGCGCGUGGUACAGAGAUGAUCAAUCGCAUAGCUGCGCGUGAGCAAAAUCGCCAGACAACUGCAAUUGAAACCAGUGAUAGCGAAAUACCAGUAACCACCACAGCAGAUAAAGUGACUGAUCCCGAAGAUGAAUGUACGGCGGGUAUGGAGGCCACCGCGGUAGCUUCAGUGUUGCCUACACUCAAUAAUGUCGCCUGUUCUAGUAUCGUAUCAGAGGAAUUAACGGACCGCGUUACAGUCACUACCAUACCCAGUCAAAUUGCUGCACAACAAGGCGCUAUCCCAAAGCAACCGCGUACAAAGCCUACGGGCUUGGUGCUGAAUGCGGCACUUCGCGCCAAAGCAGCUAACAACAAAGAACCGAAACAAAAACAAAACAAUCAGACAGAUGGUGAGAGUUUGGAAGAUAUGGUAAGACGUCUACAGCAAACUCCAUACCCGGAAGAACAAAAUGUUUUGCAAGAGAAAGGUGAUAAACUGGAAGAAAUAAAAAAAAAAGAUGUGGAUGAAAACUGUGAAGUGGGAACUGAAAAGGUGAAUCCAAAUACUAGCGAUACAACGGAAUAAACAUUUAGAAUUAAGUAAAUAAUCGUAUUUUCCGAUCUUUAUGAAUUUUAUUCUAAACAACUUGUACUUGAUAAUUGUAAUGAAAGACUUCCUCUUCGUGUUCAAGUAAAUUUAUAUCUAUAUCUUAAUAAAACGAUUAAUUUGUAUGCGUCUUAGAACCAAUGUGU